GCUUUUUGUGGCUGUUUGCUGUCUGAUCGCUGUCGUUUGAAGUUAGCUUCGAACUGCACUAAAUGGUCAGUGUAGACGGGCCUUGGAGGUACACAACAACAGCAACAAGAAUGGAGGAAAUUCACAACUGAUGGCUCACUCCUGUUGGCUUUUGUACCUGACGGAGGAAGAUACCUGCAAAGUGUCUGCCUACCAUGGCCUCACCUGUAUCAGUGGUGGACUUGAAAGAAGAUGCUCUCUGUCCUCUUUGCAAGCAGUACCUGACAGACCCGGUCCUGGUGGACUGUGAUCACAACUUCUGCCGGAUCUGCAUUUCUGACUAUUAUGUUUCCAAGAAAGAAAAAAAUGAGCCUUUGCAGUGUCCAGUAUGCAGCUCGCCUAUCCAAGAAGGGAAGCUCCGGCCAAACCAGCAGCUGGGCAGCAUAGUCGAGAAACUCAAGAAACUCCCAGCCCUCAAAGUAGGAAAGGACUACGUGUGCCCAAAACACAAGGAGAAACUGAACCUCUUCUGUGAGGAUGAUGAAGAACUGGUCUGCUUGAUUUGUGAACGCUCUCCGGAGCAUGCAUCGCACAUUGUGCACCUUGCAGAACAGGCUGUGGAAAAAUACAAGAUUCAGAUGCGUGUCCGCUUAGUGAAGCUCAAGCAGCUGAAAGAAGAAAUGGGGACAAUUCCGAGAGAUGCAGAAAAAGAAACUUUUGACAUGCUUAAGAUGGUAGAAAAGGAAAAGGAAAAGGCCGCUGCGGAAUUUAAAAACUUCCAUGGAUUUCUAGAUGAGCAACAGAACCUUCUUCUGACGCAGAUGCAAGAGCUGCAAAAAGAGGUUGCCAGGAAGAGGAAACACUACGUGUCCAGCCUCUCCGAGGAAAUGACCUCCUUGACAAAAUUAAUUGCGGAAAUACAGGAGACCUGUGAGCAGCCGGCUACUGAAUUCCUCAUGGAUUUCAAGCAGAAUUUCCAGAGAUGUGACACAGCAUGUCAGGAUUCUGUCAGUUUUCCUCUUGAGCUGAAAUGGAAACUCUGGGAAUUCUGUGAUACGAAUCUUUUGCUGGAUGCCAUAUCACGCCGAUAUAGAGAUGCUCUGAUCUCUGGACUUAAGUCACAAGAAGAAAAAAUUACUCUGGAGCCAAGUACAGCCCACCCCCAACUCAUCCUGUCAGAAGGGAACAGAAGUGUGAGAAUGGGUGAAAUUUAUAAGAAAUUUCCCCGAAGUCCUGAGAGAUUUGACGAAUGGCCUUUCGUUCUGGGAUAUGAAGGAUUCACAGAAGGCCGACACUUCUGGGAAGUCACUGUGGGGAACGAAGACACAUGGGGUAUAGGAGUUGCCAAAAAUUCGGUGCAGAGAAAAGGCGAUAUCAACUUUAGUCCCGAAGGGGGUUUCUGGGCCGUAGGGAAGUGGGAGGGGAACUACACAGCCUACAAUCCCCCAUUUUACACUCUUAUGACUUUGCACAAGGAGCCCAAAAGGAUACGGGUGUUCCUCAACUGUGAUGGCGGUUGGGUGAGCUUCUUUGAUGCAGAUACAGCAUCCCCUCUGUUUUCGUAUUCUGCAGCUUCAUUUUUUGGAGAGACCCUUUUCCCUUUCUUUUAUGUGUUUGGGAAAGCCCGGCUCAGCUUAGUCACUUCCGAGAGUUAACACAACUUUAUAACCCCUGCUUGUGUUAUGUACCUGAUUAACUAAUAGGAACAAGAAAAAGAAACAUCGGUUGGAGAACCUUUUUGCAAUUGUACAAAAAUCUCAACAGGUUGCAUGUUUCAAAAAUCCAACAAAAUGAGACUAAAACUAAAGGUCCCCCUCCCACCUCUUUACAAUUCCCAUUACAUCUCAUUUAUUGAAAAUUGUAACACUUUACUGGUCAUAUAUGAUCUGUUGCCAGAAAAGACAGAAUUCAGAAGCAGGUCCCAAAGUUUUCUCAUUCAUUAAUAUGCAGUCUUGUAAAAUAAAUAGCAAACCCAAUAGGAAGCACCACACAAAGCCAUUGUUCCUGUUAAGGAACAGUGCAGCUACAGUUAAAGGCAAGUUGCUUGUAUUUUAUCAAGCAGAAAUUGGGAAUUGUCUUGUGUCAAUUAUUAGUGGAAGUAGAUAAUCCCAAGGGAAGGGUGUCUAUUACGUAAGGAUGAGAGAUUGUCCCUAUAUUUCUACUGGAAGAUAAUGUGUAGUGGUCCUUUCUACAGCUUCAGUUACUCUUUGUUAAGUCUGUCUCUUUCUGCCACACUUUGAGCCUUGGCAAGGCAGCUAACAAAUCCCUUGGAUAAAUAAAACAGAGACUGUUGAGUUUUCUUUAUUAUGUGUGUCUGUCGAAAUUGUGUGGCUUUCCAGGUGUUGGACUGCAAACCCCAGCAUUCCUCCUCACUGGCUACAUUUGCUAAAAGCUGCUGUCCAAGAACAUGUGGAGACCAUAUGAAUCUUUUCCGUGAUGUUUGUAAAAAAGUUCUAGGUAUUCUAAAAUGUGUUCAACUGUAUUGCUGAAUAAAGCCUGCUGUUUAAUAUUG